AUGUGAAGAAGAUCCUCUUUCAGGCAUGACUCCAGGUUUCUUCUCUGGUGGGUCUCAGGAGAAAGACACCCCACUUUUACCACGGAAACUGUGAGUGGGAGCUCCACACAUGGGGAGGCUCCCACAGCCUCGUUGGUAGCCCCACUUUGGGCAAAAGAUUCCUGCAUUGCAGGGGGUUGGACUAGAUGGCCCUCAUGGUCCCUUCCAGCUCUAUGAUUUUAUAAUUCAACCAGGAUUGGCUUGACCCAUUGCUAGAUUUCUUUCUUUGUAGGAGCUUAGAUGGGAUGUUAAAUCAGUCCCACCCCCCACUAGACGGAGCACGUCAAAGGCCCACAAUCACAUCGGAAUUAAUGGGCAUUCUAGAAUUAGUAUUAUAAUCUGUUUAUUAGCAACAGGGAGAGAGAAAGAUGCCACCGGGGAGAGUUUGACGUAAUUAGAAACCCUUCCUUUGCUUUGUCCCCCUAAAGAUGUUGGAGAUUAGAACUAAAGAGCAAUGCCUAUGUUAGGAACUUGGCCCGGGGUGGCCUUCAGCUCUGAUCCAUUUCUGACCUGCAGAUGUAUAAAGGCAGCUCGCUGUGACUUGCCCUGCUCUCAGGCUUGGUUUGCAAAAGAGCCACGAACCCAUGACUGUUCCAGCUGCCACCAAAAGGCUUUGUUGGGUGAGGGAAACUUCACUGGUCAGUAUGGGCCAGUGCUGUCUGUCUGAUAACGGUAAAGAGCUCUUGCUCCUCAAGCAUACUAAUAAGAGUGUAAUAAACGUUAAACAGCAGCUCAAAGGGGAACACCUUGAUGGGGGCCUGGAGGCUGCCUGGCAGUUGCCGCCAUUGGGGGAUGAGGGACUGAAAAGACUCCUUCUCAGCAAGGCACACAGUUGCAUUUUGCAGCAACCAGCCGUGAGGGGCUUCCAAGUAUUGCUGGGAUUGUAAUGGGGAUUGCGCUCUUAAUUGGGCUCUUAGUUUUAGCAAUGGUUUUAGAGUGAACUGAGAUAUGCACUCUGACAGAAACUCUUUCCACAGUCAAAACAGGUACAGAAUUAAGAACUUAAUUCGUUCUGGAGGUCCGUUCUUAACCUGAAACUGUUCUUAACCUGAAGCACCACUUUAGCUAAUGGGGCCUCCUGCUGCUGCUUCGCCGCCGGAGCACAAUUACUGUUCUCAUCCUGAAGCAAAGUUCUUAACCUGAAGUACUAUUUCUGGGUUAGCGGAGUCUGUAACCUGAAGCGUCUGUAACCCAAGGUACCACUGUAUAUGGUUUCUCCCCUGUGUGAAUUUUUUGAUGAUAUAUAAGGCCUGAGCUGUUAGUGAAGGCCUUUCUACACUCUAGACAGGCAUAUGGAUUCUUCCCUGUGUGAAUGUUUUGAUGUACAGUGAUACCUCGGGUUGCAUAUGCUUCAGGUUACAUACGCUUCAGGUUACAGACUCCGCUAACCCAGAAAUAGUACCUCGGGUUAAGAACUUUGCUUCAGGAUGAGAACAGAAAUCGUGCUCUGGUGGCGCAGUGGCAGCGGGAGGCCCCAUUAGCUAAAGUGGUACCUCAGGUUAAGAACAGUUUCAGGUUAAGAACGGACCUCCAGAACGAAUUAAGUUCUUAACCUGAGGUACCACUGUACUUUAAGAUUUGAGCAGUGACAGAAGCCUUUUCCACGCUCCGAGCAUUUGUAUGGUUACCCUGGCUUGUGAGUUCCACAAUGUUUACUGCGGGAGCUGCUACUAUUUAAGCUCUUUCCACACUCCGAGCAUCUAAACGUUUUUUCUCCCGUGGGGAUUCCCUCGUGUACAGUAAGUUCUGAACGCUCAAGGAAGCUCAUUCCACACUCCAAGCACUUGUGUGCUUUCUCCUCUGUGUGGAUUCUGCGAUGUGGGUUGAGGGUAGAUUUGCUUCUGAACACUGGUUUUUUCCCCUGAUAGUGUUUCUCCUGGCUGGGAUUUGAUGGCCGUCAUCAGACUGCGUAAGAAUGCCUUCAUCACACCUGGUUACUUCUGAUGAGACCCGGGAACAAUGACUGUCCUGUCCACCACCUGCUGAAACUAAGAGAAGGUUCUAAUUAAGAGUGUAAUCCCUAUUACGGUGGUACCUUGGUUCUCAAACGACUUAGUUGUCGAACAACUUGGAACCCCAACUCUGCAAACCUGGAAGUAAGGGUUCUGGUUUGUGAACUUUUUUUCCGGAAGCCAAGCGUGCUCCAUUUUGAGUGUUACACUUCCGAUUUGAGUGCCACGCUUCCAUUCUGAGUGCUAAGCACCCACACAACACAGACAUGAUAUUUGGCGCUUUUGUUUUUGCUGUUUAUUUUGCAUUUUUGUUUUUGCGGCUUUUUCGGCUGAUUUGUUUUUGUGACGGUGUGGAACCCAAUUCAGCUCUUGAUUGAUUGGCUGUGGGACUGCUGACAUGGAUAAAAGCAUCAAAGGCAAGAGAACCAUGAUAACUCUAGAGGUAAAGAAGAAAAUUAUUUCCAAGCAUGAAAGCGGGGUCCGUGUAAGUGAUCUGGCAACGCAGUUUGCUAUGCCCAGAACUACAAUUAGUACCAUCUUUAAAAAUAAGGAUGCCAUUAAGGGAGCCAGUGUUGCAAAGGGUGUUAAAACACUCACCAGGAAACGGACACAGAUGAUUGAAGAAAUGGAAAAAUUGCUUUUAAUAUGGAUAACUGAAAAACAGCUGUCCGGUGACAGCAUUUCUCCAAGCAUAAUUUGUGAAAAAGCUUUAAGCUUGCAUGCCGACCUCAUCAAAAACACCCCUGGAGGAAGUGCUGAGGGUGAGAUUUUCAAGGCAAGCAGAGGGUGGUUUGAAAAGUUUAAGACAAGAAGCAGCAUCCACAGUGCGGUGAGACAUUGUGAAGCCGCCAGUGCCAACAAAUUAGACGCCGACCGGUUUGUUUUGAAAUUUAAAGAUUAUGUCGAGUCGCAGGGCUUCGUUCCCCAGCAAGUUUUCAGCUGUGACGAGACAGGUCUCUUUUGGAAGAGAAUGCCAAAGAGGACCUACAUAACAAAGGAGGAGAAAGCAUUGCCAGGGCACAAGCCCAUGAAAGACAGGUUGACCCUUUUAUUUUGUGCAUAGCGGAGAUUUUAAGCUGAAGCCUUUGCUAGUCUACCAUUCUGAGAACCCCAGGGCGUUAAAGAAAAACAACGUCAUAAAAAGCAAAUUGCAUGUAAUGUGGAGGGCGAACAGCAGAGCUUGGCUAACCAGGCGAUUUUUUAUUGAGUGGGUUCAGGAAGUGUUUGGUCCAAGCGUGAAAAAAUACCUCCAGGACAAAAAUCUUCCACUGAGGUGCCUGGUUGUUAUGGAUAAUGCUCCAGGUCACCCUCCAGGAUUGGAGGACGAGUUGAUGGAAGAGUUCAGUUUUGUCAAUGUAAAGUUUUUGCCCCCCAACACAACGCCUUUCAUCCAGCCCAUGGACCAGCAGGUGAUAUCUAAUUUUAAGAAGCUUUACACCAAAGCACUGUUCCAAAGGUGCUUUGAGGUGACCUCAGACACAGAGCUAACCCUCAGAGAGUUCUGGAAGAACCGUUUCAAUAUCUUCCAUUGCUUACAUCUCAUAGACAAAGCAUGGGGCGAUGUGACUCAGAGAACACUGAAGUCAGCAUGGAAGGAAUUGUGGCCAGCAGCUGUUCCUGAAGAUGUACCGUAUUUUUUGCACCAUAACACUCACUUUUUUCCUCCUAGAAAGUAAGGGGAAAUGUCUGUGCGUGUUAUGGAGGGAAUGCCUACGGAUGGCGGAGGGAUCUGCUGCAGUCGUGAGCAGAGGAUCCAUGGUUCCCCUUCCUUCCCUACUCCGUGGCUCACUUUGAAACAGCAAAGCGGGAGAAGAGCCGCUGAGUGGGGAGGAGAGAGGGACAGAGAGCCUGCUUCUUUAAAGGAGCAAAGCGGGAGAGGAGAGGAGCUGCUUACACGAGUGUAAGCGGCUCCUGUCCGGUUGGCUCCUUUAAAGCAAGCAGGCUCUCUGUCCCUCUCUCCUCCCCACUCAGCUCGCUACAUAGCAGCAAAGUUUUUCAGCUCGCUAAGCUGGGGAUGAGUGGGGAGGAGGAAGAAAAGCAGAGCCUGCUUGCUUUAAAGGAGCAAAGCGGGAGAGGAGAGGAGCCUUCUCCCUUUAUAUUAGCAGCAUCCUUCUCCACACACCCCACGCCUGCUCCUUUUCCCUUGAGUGCUUUUCCUCCCCUCCCCACUUAAAAUGUGGUUACAAAGCACGGAUCCACAUGGAUCCUCAGGAUUUUUGCAUUGGGCUACUCCAAACUCACUGUCAGAUCACAUGUCUGUGGCCACAGCAUGAACCACAAAAAUCAUACAUCCACUGUUUCGUUUAGAAUAUUUUUUUAUUUGUUUUCCUCCUCUAAAAAUUACAUGCGUGUUAUGGUCAGGUGCGUGUUAUAGAGUGAAAAAUACGGCAUUUCAGGAUGUUGAAGGAGAUGCGCCUGUUGUUGAGGAUAUUGUGUCUCUGGGAAAGUCCAUGGGCUUGCAGGUGAGUAGUGAUGAUGUGGAGGAGUUAGUGGAGGAGCACAAGACUGAGCUCACCACAGAAGAACUUCAAGACAUUCUGACGGAGCAGCAACAGGCGGCAACUGAAGAAUUGUCUUCAGAGGAGGAGGAGAGGAGAGAAAGUGUUUUUACUGCACCGAUCCAAGAAAUGUGUGCAAAAUGGGCUGAAGUGCAAACUUUUGUUGAGAAAUACUACCCUGAUAAAGCUGCUGUAAGUCAUGCCACUAAGACUUUCAACGAUAAUGUCAUCUCUCAUUUUGGACAAAUAUUAAAACAUCGGAAAAAGCAAAUGCCAGCUGAAAAAUUUUUAGUGAAGAAAAGAUUCAGUGAGUCUGAACCAGGUGUCAGUGAUGUAAAAAAAUCAAGGGAAAGAAUGGCAAGGGAUCAGCCACCUACAGUGAUUCUGGAAGAGGACCACAGAACACCUGAACGACAGUCACCUACUGUGAUUAUUGAAUGGGAUUCCCCCAUCCAAGCCAUGACUGUCAUCAUUGCAGGUAAGAAAAAAAUUACAUUUUUGUUUUUAUCAUCCCCAGUGCUGCUUUUACAUUGUGUUUAUUUAUUGCUUUCAUUGUGUGCCAUUUUAUGGAUCUGUGAUUUCAUUAGAUAGUAAAAUUUACAUUAAAUUGCUGUUUUAGGGGUUUAUUUUAAAGGUCUGGAACGGAUUAAUCCAUUUUGCAUUACUUUCUAUGGGAAACCGCGCCUCGAUUUUUGAACGUUUCAGAACUCAAACAGUCUUCCGGAAACAGAUUACUUUCAGAAACCGAGAAACCACUGUACUUUAGUUCCUGAAUUUCUUAGGCAUAUUGAUAGUGUGCUCAGCUUAACAGAUACUUGCCAGACUGUAUUUGCCGGAAGGUGUAAGCCCCUACAGUCCAAAGACAACUGGAAAGUUUUCCCCAUUGCCUUCCUCCUUGCAGAGAAAUAUUUGAGGUCAAUUUGGGAGAGUCAAAAUGGCUUCAGGAUUGCUCUCCUGUGCUCUUACAGUCUUGUGAUUUAUAUACUUACGCAUGCAUUUGCCGUGUACAUUUAUGAACAUUUAUUCUAUAUUUGAGAUCUCAGAAUUCUUAUAAACACCUUGUAAUAUACCCAAGAAUGACCACACCCUUGUCCAGUUGUCAGACCACAGUGACCUACUUGGCAGAUUGGCAGGUCAGUGCCCAUCAAACACUAAUCACAAGACUUGCAGGUACAAAACAAGGGAAGAACGUGCACCAGAUUUUCCUUAACAGCCAUUAAAGGAACCUCAACAGUUCCAUGGUCCCAGCGGCCGCUCCCAGUCACCAGUCUAGCUGCCACAUUCUGGAUUAGUUGUAGUUUCCGAGUCACCUCCAAAGGCAGCCCCACGUAGAGCGCAUUGCAGUAGUCCACAAUUCACUGUAUAUGUAAGUUUGGUAUCGUUUCAAAAGAAGAUAAAAUUUUAUUUUAUGGUUUAGUAUUGUUCAUAUUGUGAAUUAUGUAUUGUGCUGAAGGUCUUGAUCCAGCCCUUGCUUUCUGAAGGAGCCACAUAAUGGCACAGGAUGAUGGUUAAAAUAAGGAGGGAGGAGAAGACUUGCAGGGAGGGAAGAGGCUGGUAUAUUUACCAGGUUUUCAUUUAUUUAAAUACUGUAUUGGCCUGAAUAUUAGCCACCCCCGCAAAUAAGCUGCACCUUUAAAAUUCAAGGGUGGUGGUGGAAAUAAGCUGUCCCUUAAAAGUGGGUUACAGGCUGAAAAUCGCUGCGGUGUAACUCCAAUCCAAUUUAAGCCUUUGAUCUUGCAAGCCCACAAGAGUUACCGUACAAUCGCUAAAAUCGCAAGUCGCUAUUCACUUGCUACAAUUCCGCAGGCACUCAAGCUUGUAAAUCGGCAAGGAAACAUUUCUUUGUUCCGUUUUUACCGUAGGUCUAUUCCAGCAGCGAUAUUGUAAAAGCCCGUUUUUGUAAGGUCGCGAAUUUAGGCCGCACUUUCAACUUCUCGUACUCCGAAAGCUUCAGGUGCCUCGUAAUAUUUAACCCAUGAAACUACCCGCAAUGCCUAUUGUUAUGUACUGAAGUUCUCACCCUGGGCCAGCAGGGGGAUACUGUAGAUAGUUAUGCAAAUGAAGGAUCGAAAGUGACGUUCAGUGAUUGAAUAGUUUUAGAAAGUUGCUACAGUAACAUUGUACUGGAGCUCUAUAUAAGCAGGCUGACUGAGCCCUUCAGUUCAGUUCUGUUCUGGGCUGUGAAUAAACAAGAGCUGUUUGAAGAAUCGCUGUGUCAUCUGAUAUGUUCAUCCACAACUUAACACCUAUGUACCGCUGUCGGCGGUUGUAUGCUUCUGGAAACUAGUUACCUGAAACCAUAGGAUGGGAAAAUGGCCUUGCACUCAGUUGCUGCUUGUCGGCGUCCAAUUGGGGAAUCUGGCCAGUUGCUGUGAGAAUGGUACGCUGGACAUGAUAAGCCAUUGGCCUUGUCUUAUUUUUUUCCCUACUGAAAUUUGGGAGAAGGGUGAAAUUCUUUCCAUCUCUGCCUCUCCCACAGAUUCUGGAUCUGCCCCACCAUUGCAGCAGCUGCAGGAGUUUCAGAAGGGUCCUAGUUUGUGCUGCUUUGUCUCCCCCUCCAGCAGUGCAGUGGCCUCGGAGGCACCAUCUGGACUGUGUUUUCUUUUGAGUGCCGUGGAAAUAGCGGCUGGGCAGCCACUUCAGGUAAGAAAGGACUAAGAGAAUUAGGGAGAUACAUGAGAGAACGGGGGGUGCACCCUGGAUGCUUCCCUCUGUCUUUGAGUUCUGAAUAUCCUUUUUCUCUCUCCUGACCUAGUUACAGGGCUGAUAAUUUGCUGAAAGCCCAUAGGCCAUUAUCACUUCCCCUUUAUGGUAAACUCUCUUCAGCUGGCUUGUAGCUUGCUUGCUCUCUUUGUUGAACCAGCUGGGAGAUCCCGUUGAUCUUCUUGAGCCACUGUUCUUGAUCUCAGUUGUCAGGCAGUCUUGCAGCCUGUCAGUCAAGAUCUUCAAGAAAUACAUCAUCAUCAUCGAUUUUUUAUUUGUAUACCGUCUUUCUAUCUUAGAAUACUCAAGGUGGUUUACAAGCGGAAGAAACAAAAAAUAUACAUCUUCUAACAAUCUAAUGCAAUCCAAAAAUGUGAUGAUAAAACAAAACUUUAAAAUAAGCAACCUACAUCAAAUAAAGUAACAUUCAACAAUUAUUAAAGGUAAAGGAACCCCUGACCAUUAGGUCCAGUUGUGGCCGACUCUGGGGUUGCGGCACUCAUCUCACUUUAUUGGCUGAGGGAGCCGGCGUACAGCUUCCGGGUCAUGUGGCCAGCAUGACUAAGCUGCUUCUGGCGAACCAGAGCAGCGCAUGGAAACAGCGUUUACCUUCCCGCCGGAGCGGUACCUAUUUAUCUACUUGCACUUUGACGUGCUUUCAAACUGCUAGGUUGGCAGGAGCAGGGACCGAGCAACGGGAGCUCACCCCGUCGCGGGGAUUCGAACCACCGACCUUCUGAUCGGCAAGUCCCAGGCUCUGUGGUGUAACCCAGAGCACCACCCGCGUCCCACCAACAAUUAUUAGAGUAGUACAAAAUAAUAAUAUCAACAUGUAAAAGUUAACGAGAAAUCCACUCAACAGUUACAAUAAAAAAUUUCUAAACUAUAAUCAGUAAAACAACGGCAAGCCACAGUACAUAAAAUAAUACAAUACAAAUUGAGAAGCAGAGACUAGAGGGUGGGGCAAGACAGGUGGAAGGAGACCUUGCCUGUUGGAGUCUCUCCCCUCACAGUUCUUCCUUCAGGAACAGCUCCCUUAUGAGGACUCCUAGGGUCGGAGGGUGGGGCAUAGACUCAGCAACAGAGGUAGCUGAGAUAAUAGCAGUAUAAAUAGCCCUUGUGCCAUCUGCUAUGAAGGUGGUGAGUCAGUGCUAGACUGAGUGCUGGCGUCCACUUGAUUCCAUUGCCUGCAGUCACUCCUAAGUUUGCAUUAGAGAUACGUUGAGGUUUUGGGGAAGAAUUGUUAAAUACUGGGCCUACUAGUACCGUUGUUAGAGGUAAAUGAUCGCUUUCAGUAUUAUGGCCCACCUCAAACUACAUGACAAACUUAUAUGCAAAUCGUGAGAGCUUGGAGGAUGGAGUAGGACACAAAAAGGAGCCAUCAGAUCCUUUUGGAACGUCUCCCCAUCCUUUCCCCCCCUUUUAGCCACCCUGAACAAUUGCGAAGCCACAGCUCACAUCGUCUGCUUGCUCACCCUUAACUCUAAAUCAGGGGUCCGCAAACUUUUCUAGCCAUGGGCCGGUCCACUGUCCCUCAGACCUUGUGGUGGGCCGGACUAUAUUUUGAAAAAAGAAAUUGAAUGAAUUCCUAUGCCCCACAAACAACCCAGAGAUGCAUUUUAAAUAAAAGCACACAUUCUACUCAUGCAAAAACACCAGGCAGGCCCCACAAAUAACCCAGAGAUGCAUUUUAAAUGAAAGGACACGUUCUUCUCAUGUAAAAACACACUGAUUCCCAAACUGUCCGCAGGGCCAGAUCUGGCCCCCAGGCCUUAGUUUGCCUACCCACGCUCUAAAUCAUUCCUGAACGAUUUUUAAAGCACGGGAGCCAGCACCAAUCCACGAAAGAAUAUAAUUGGUCUUCUAUAUCCUUAGUAACUGUAUUCAGUAAUAUUCUCUCGCAAUGUUCCCAGUAUAUUGGUUAAGCUCACUAGCCUGUAAUUUUAGGUUAUAAGCCAAUAAAAACUGCCCUCACCCCACUGGAAGAAUGAUACACAGUACCGUAACUUUUCCUUCUUCUUCCAGGAUCUGAUCAGCUUUGAGGAGGUGGCUGUGUUUUUCACAGAGGAGGAAUGGGCUCUGCUGGAUCCUGGCCAAAGAGCUCUGCACAA